AUGAAGUUCUCUACUGCUCUUUCUCUCCUUGCUGCUGGCGCUGCCCUCGUCUCCGCUGCUCCUGCUACCUCUUCGGAGGACGAGGAGACCUACCUCGUCAAGGCAAAGUGCAUCAAGCCCUUCCUCUGCUGUGGGGAGCUGAAGACUCCUCUGGACGGCGUUGUCGACCCUAUCCUUGAGGCUCUUCACCUCGGACCCGAGGCUAUCGUUGGCUCCAUUGGUCUUGCCUGCCACGCCUAUGAUGAGACCUGCACAACUGCCCCCAAGUGCUGCAGUGAGGCCAACCUGCUUGAUGGCACUGUCGCUCUCGGCUGCAAUGACCUCGCCAACCCUGCUGAUGCUCUGUGA